GAGAAGGAGAAGGAGAAGGAGAAGGAGAAGGAGAAGGAGAAGGAGAAGGAGAAGGAGAAGGAGAAGGAGAAGGAGAAAGAACAAGGGAAGGGAGACAAAGAGGAAGGAAAAGGUAAACCGGCACAAGGUGAUCCCGAUUAUUCGAGCGAUGACGAUUCGGACGCGGACGACGCGGACUCUGUCUCCGACUCCGACUCUGCCCCUACCAGCAAGUCGCACUUCUCGUUCCACGACGUGUGGGAGUCUGUGGAGGAGGCUACCGAGGAUUUCAUCGAGGAAGUGGAGGAUUUCUUUGACGGGUCGUCCUGA